AUGUCUGGCUCCAAGAUUACCCCAGCUGCGCCCACCAUGAACACCAGUCUGCCGACAAUGCCGUCAACCCCUAGCCUCGAAAGCAUUGUUUCCCAGCGAAUCCUCACGGCCCUUCUCUUGGAUCCGCCUUGGUGGAAGCUGUGCAUGUUCUCUCUGUGGGGUUUUCUCACGCUGUGCUUGGUCCUCCUGCCGGUCUACGUGUACCAGAAGCGUUGCCGAAAACGAGGUCCUUCUUUCACCCCCGCUGCUAGCAAGCAGCCCCCUCUCUUGGAUGAAGAGAGCGUGGUGGUGGCUCUCAACGCCAACAACCAGGGCUUGGGAGCGCGAGGCCAAGCUCCCACCGCCGGUAUCGUGUCUGCCUUCGACCCCAAUGAAACAACUCGGCAGCGAAUGCCCCCCAUCGGCCAAUUCCAGGCUUUCGCAUGGUUCCUUUUCAAGGAAACGGGGUGUGGAGGUUUUUAA